AUGACCACAAAAGCUCAUUGUGUGCGCCGUGCAUGGUGCACGGUCCAUAACACUUCACACCGUCAGAAAAGUACAGGCAGGAUCAUAGUAAUCCGAUUGAUGUCUACUACUGCUGGUACUAAACGUGCCGCACCAAGUGAUGAUGCACUUGAACCCGCUUUGAAGUGCACGCGAAACAGAACUUAUGAAGGCACUUCUAAUGUAGCGCCAUCGCCGCUGGCGAAUCGAGGCGCAUGGCGCAUUCUAGCUCAAUUCCUCAAAACCGAAAUGAGUUAUAGUGAGAUGGAAGAGAAACUCUCAUUGUACCUCGGCGAUCAAUACUCUGCGGACGAUUGGAAGGAUGCCAAAACAACGCUUUUCUCUGGCGAAGACAAUGUCGGAACAUGUUUGAGAAAUCUCGAACUCUUAAGGCAGAGGUACAUGCCCCGUCGACCCCGCCCUCGGAAGAAUAUGUAUCUCGACAUUGAAGCAAACGAGGGAGACAGUGAAGAGGAGGAAGAGGAAGAUGGCGACUACGACACGCAGGAUCAGGUUGACUCUUCUGCUCGAUCGCCGAAGGUUACGUCCAUUCCAGGACCAUCAGCCAAGGAUACGUUAUCCAAAAAGAUUGAUGAGAUCUACAACAACGCGACAAAGGUCUCCAGCUCCUCAAGAAGCCGCAUCUCUUACAGAGCCGCCUGGUCCCCCGCGACGCUCGAGAGUCGAAUGUAUCUGCUGCAUGUCCAUAGAACUGCUACGGUUUAUAUUGCUGAAUAUCUUCAUGGUAAAGGAUUCCCCGUGACCGUGUCGCCUUGGUUGCCGGGGCAGCUCUACGUGGUCUCAGAUAGCCCCAAAACCAUUGCAUCCUCCCUUCCGGCUUCGCAUAAGCUCUCAGUAAAAGACUAUCAUCGCAUCUCGGAUGAAGAACGCGUCGCGGUGGAACACUCAACCAUCAAAUUUCCUAACCCUUCGUGGGUAAGAGUCAAAUCUGGCAUGUACAAGGGCGUCAUAGGCUAUGUCUUCGACCCAGACCAGUCGGACCUUUUUGUCGAUGUCUUAGUCAUCACUCGAAAGUUUCCCUAUCCAAUGCCUGCGGGAUCUGAAGCUCUGAUCGACCAUUCUCGCCUUCCAAAGGACAAGGAAGUUACCGAUAUCAUUCGCAAUGGCGAAAUCAUAGGAUGCGCAUACAAAGGACAGCGAUACUACAGGGGACUGCUCCUUAAAAAAUUCCACCGUUAUCAACUAGAACUUAAAUCUAUCGUGGCGUUCUCCAAGCAUUUUCUGCGUGUGGAGAUGCGGUUAGGAUCAUCACGGGAGCAGUACCAUCAGAGAUUGGCACGACAUCGGGAAGAGCUGGAAGCUCGACUUGAGGAUGUGGAGCGCGUUUUUUGGAUCGGGGACGCGGUUCGGGUCGUAGCAGGUUCAUACCUGGGUUUAGAAGGCCAUGUCAUUCAAAUGGACAAGGAUUUGUUUCACCUUUGCCAAGGGGUCCUCCAUGGAGGAGAAAUCGGAGAUUAUAUAGAAGUUCUUGUGGGAGAAACACAUGGAGAAGCGGGGCGUCGUGACCUGGUCUUCUAUGGAGGAACUCAGCUGUGGUUCCAGGAAGAGUCUCCUCAGGCGUUGACUUUACGACCUCCAAGUUUUCAGGUUCCUGUGGCAUUUGUCAAGUGGACGCGCCUACCCCAGACAGUUAAAUUUACCAAGGAAAAAGGCAUAUCUGACUUGGAACAGAUCGACGUCCCAAUUGGAUUUGUGAUGAAAAUACUCAACGUGUCCUUGGAUUCUUUCAACAACGUCAUCGGCCAAGAAGUGCGCGCACCACACUCAAAUGCCAAGACGUGUAACCAAUACGGAAUGAGAUUGAAUGGUCUCAUGCUAGGAGAAUCGGACCUAAUAGCAUUCUGUGACAUGCGAAAAAGAUCUUACUUGGCGUUACAACCACGAAGAUGCAUCACGCCCCCUCCUGUCCCGCUGGCAGUUUCCUCCAACUCGUCUAAUUCUAUAAGCGCAGCUCACAAUCCAUCAUCAUCCAAUUGGACUGCCUGGAAUCUCACACAGGAUAUCGAUGGUGCGAACUUGAAUGAUCCGUCAUCGGGCGUCGAUCUCAGCUCAUCGACAUCCGACCCAUGGACUAUUGAUGCACAGGACAUUCAGGAUGGCAUAGAUGCUAGAGCGGAGCAGCUCAAAGACAAUGUUUCGCCGAGCUUUGAUCACGCCAAGUUUCACAAACGAUUCGUAUCAUCAGCCUGUCCUGAUCCAUUCUGCGGUGCUGCGCUUGAACAUUACCAUAUCCCUGCCAAGUACCUGAGCCCAGCUCCUCCACGAAAAAAGAAAACAAGAAUGUUUCAUUAUAGAUGGCAAUUAUUACGGUCAGAUUCUGACUAUUUCACAAUGUAG